CCGAAAGAGGGAUCCGGAACCGGAAGAAAACAAGAAAUCUGCCUCAGCUUGAUUCUGCUGAUCUGUAAAUGAGGAAGAUGGAAGAUUUAAUAUCAAUAAACUGCGUUAAACUUCUAAUCACCGCUUUAUUCUACACAUGCGUCUUGUCCAGCUCAGUGGAACAGAAGAUCUAUGUUGAACUCAAUGAAACGGUUCCAUGUGUCCGACUUCUGAACGCCACGCAUCAGAUCGGCUGCCAGUCGUCUAUAUCAGGAGAUACAGGAGUCCUCCAUGUGCUGGAGACCGAAUCAGACCUGGACUGGAUCCUCAGCUCAGGACCGCAUCCUCCGUACAUGGUGAUCAUGGAGACGGCCUUCUUCAACAGGUCGGUCAUGAUGAGGAUGAAGAACUCGUCCAGAGUGGCUGGAGUCGCUGUGAUCAUCUCAAAAACAGGCCUUGCUGAUAAUUUCUCACCUCACACAACCUGCCCCAACCAGAACACAGGUGUGUAUUCUGCGAGUUACGGCUCUGAUCUAGCGAACUGUAACGUGACCGCGUGGAAUCCUCUGGGGAACGGACUGUCCUAUGAAGACUUCGCUUUCCCUGUGUUUGCUCUGAAAGACGAGAAUCAGACUCGGGUCAUCCGUAAGUGUUAUGAGGAUCAUAAUCUGCGUGUGAACGGAAGCGCUCCUCAGUAUCCGCUGUGUGCAAUGCAGCUCUUCUCACACAUGCAUGCCGCGACCGACACCGUGACAUGCAUGAGACGCACAGACCUGCAGAACCGAUUCAGUAUCAACCCAGAAGUCCUGUGUGACCCGCUGAGUGAUUUUAACGUCUGGACAUCCACUCGGCCCCUCAACAACAGCGCCAAGGGCCACGCAGCCAACGAGAGCGUCGUCAUCGCAGCCACACGGCUCGACGGCAGGUCGUUUUUCUGGGAGCAGGCGCCGUCGGCCGAAGGAACCGUGUCUGGAAUCGUCACCCUAUUGGCCACCAUUCAAGCCCUCCAUCCUGUCACUCAGGAAGCUCCGCCCCCUCACAAUAUCUUCUUCAGCUUCUUCCAAGGGGAAGCCUUUGACUACAUUGGCAGCUCAAAAAUGGUGUAUGACAUGGAAAGAAACGAUUUUGUUAUUGACUUGAACAAUGUGCACUCCAUGCUGGAAAUUGGGCAGGUUGGUCUGCGCAGUGGGCGGAGCCUCUGGAUGCACUCUGACCCCGUAUCCCGCCAAAACAAGAGUGUGGACAUAGAGGUGUCGGCGAUGAUGAGCAGAGUGCAGUCUGCUGCUGCUGGUCUGAACCUCACAGUGGAUCAGCCGUCGGUCAGUCAGCCGUUGCCGCCCUCGUCCUUCCAGCGCUUCCUGAGAGUCAGAGGGAUCCCAGGCCUCGUGCUGGCAGACCAUAACACCUCAUUCAACAACAGAUACUACGAGAGUCUGUACGACGACGCAGAGAACCUGAACGUCACGUAUCCUCCCGACCUGAGUCCAGACGAACAGCUGGUGUACGAGACGGACGCGGCCAAGUCUCUGGCUGAAGUGGCCACACUAGUCGCCCGCUCACUUUACAUCCAGGCCGGAGGAGAUGAGAACAACCUGAACAACAUCACCGCCGACCCCAAGAUCGUGAGUCACACGACCAGCACUAACACACACACACAGACUCCCACACACACAAACACACAGUCACAGACACACACACACAGCUCUGGUCCUCCUCAGUUCUACAUCGGUCUCGGUCCUCGCAUCCACGGCCCAGUUCACAGCGUCACGCGCUUCGUUCAGUACAUUCUGGCUAAUCUGACGGGAACCGUCACCAACCUCACGGAGAGCCAGUGCCAGAAUCCCAGCGAGAUCAACACCGAGAACAAAGACUUGUUCUCGUAUUUCUGGGUGUCGGGUCCGGCGUCGCUCAACAGCACCGGAGAGCCGUUCUGCGUCCGAGCGUCCGUGCGUCUCUCCAAAGCCGUCUCUCCUGCCUUCGAGCUUCUGGAGUACGGCUCUCCUAAUUAUUCCACAUGGACCGAGUCCCGCUGGAAGAGCAUCCAAGCGCGCAUCUUUCUGGUGGCCAGCAGAGAACUGGAGAUGUUAACACUGGGGGUGGGCGUGGCCGUGCUGCUGCUGUCUCUAUUGGUUACAUACUUCAUCAGCUCGAAGGCGGAGCUUCUGUUUAGCUCCGCCCGUGAAACGCCCACGACGACCUACUGAACAAAUCCAGAGUCCAGAAUCUCCAGCAGCUCAUUCAUUCAUUCAUAAUCCCUACAACACAGAAACACACUUCAGUUCACGACUAAUUUAUUCAAACCUGACCGGAUUAUUGUUGGUUUUGCCACACUGGUUUUAGCUGGGCUGGUCUGAACUGGUCUGGACUCUCCUGGAAAGUUGUUCAUAUUUUUUUUUGUCAUUUUUUUUUAUAAUUCCAGAUGUUUUUUCUGAUCAUGACAUGGACGGGCACAAAACUAAAUGCUGAUUUUAAGAGUUUAAGAUGAGAAUAAGUGUGUGUGUGUGUGUGUGUUUGUGUUUGUGUGCGUGUGUGUGUGUGAGAGAGUGUGAG